AUGUCUUCCAGUCUCUCUCCCAAGAAGUUUGCUCUGUUUCUUUUGGCUUUUGCAGGAUCGGCGGUCUCACAGACCACCAUUCCCGAUGCACAGUACACGAUUGUGAACAAUUGCCCGGGCACAGUGGCCCUCCGCACCGGUGGACAAAGCGACGGGACACUGGCUGCUGGAGAGAGCGUGACCAAGACACUACCAACAAACAACGCGGGCCCCUUCGUCGUUACCACUCCAGGCCAGAGCGACAUUUCCGGCCUCGAGGCCGGGUUCCAAUUCCCUAGCACUUACUAUAUUGCCAAGUUGCCAUUCCCACAACGCAGUGUCACUGCUGGAAUCAGCAUCACCCCCAGCGCGCCUAGUAACAACGGAUUCUGCGAUGUAGCUCGCUGCGAUGAUGCAGACUGCACCGACGCAUUGCCCCAGCCUCCAACAGGCAUCGUUAACACUACACCCCCAGGCCACUCCUGCCCGGUUUCCGGAGUCUCUUAUACUGUAACAUUCUGCCCUUCCGGUGCUUUCUCCUCGUAA